GGCCUGCUCGCCGGGAUGGAGCUGGAGCGGAUCGCGCUGCCCCCCCCGGGGCCCCUGGAGCUGCCGCUGGCGCUGCUGGAGCUGGGCUGCGCCGGGCGCUUCGAGCUGCUGACGGGACCCCCGGGGCCGGGGGAAGCCCCCCCGCCGCGGUCCACACUGCCCCACGGGCUGCCCCCCUUCGCCCCCCCCCCGGUGUCGGAGCUGGAGCAGCGGUUUUUGGGGACCCCCGAGUGGCUGCCCCCCCAUCAGCACGAGCGGGCCCGCAGGUGGUGGCAGCGGGCGCCGGAGCCCCGGGCCCUCUUUGCGCUGGAGCCCACCCCGGUGGCCGGGGGGCUGCGGGCCGAGCGGGACCCCCACAGCGGCGCCCUGAGGGGCUUCACUGAGGAGCUGCUGCCCGACGUGGGGCUCUCAGCCAAGAACUCGCUGUCGCUGCGCCGGCCCCCCGGCCCCCCCGGGCAGAGCCUGCGGGGCAAUGCCACCAACUUCCCCUUCUGGCCAGGGGGUCUGGACGAGCCCAGCCUGGAGCAGAUCCGCACCCACGGGGAUGAGGAGGAGGAUGUCGAUUUCGAGACUGACCUGCUGGUGACCCCCCCUGGGCUGAAACGUGGCGUCGACUACAAACCCCCAGCGGCGAGGCGGGGGGGGCCGCUGUCCCUCUCCAGCCUCUUGGAGACCCUCGACACGUUCGACCUGGGGGGGGACGAGGCCGACGGGGGCUCAGGGGACACCCAGCCCCCGGCGGGGGGCAGCCCCCCGCCCCCCCUGCGCCACGCCGACAGCCUGGAGGAGGUGCUGCUGAAGGAGGCGGUGGAGCCCCCCGCCCCCCCCCCGGAGCCCCCCGAGGAGCAGUGGGCCAUCCCCAUCGACGCCAGCACCCCCGUGGAGGACUUUGACCAGCGCAUCCCUGACCCCGCUUUCAAGUGGCCCUUCGUGCCCGACCCCUUCCAGCAGCAGGCCGUGCUGUGCCUGGAGCAGGGGCACUCGCUGCUGGUGGCCGCCCACACCUCGGCCGGCAAAACCGCCGUGGCCGAGUACGCCAUCGCCCUGGCCCAGCGCCACAUGACCCGGACUAUCUACACCUCCCCCAUCAAGGCACUCUCCAACCAGAAGUUCCGCGAUUUCAAGAUGACGUUUGGGGACGUGGGGCUGCUGACGGGGGACGUGCAGCUGCGCCCCGAGGCCUCCUGCCUCAUCAUGACCACCGAGAUCCUGCGAUCGAUGCUCUACAACGGCUCUGACGUCAUCCGGGAGCUGGAGUGGGUCAUUUUUGAUGAGGUGCAUUACAUCAACGAUGCUGAGCGCGGCGUGGUGUGGGAGGAGGUGCUGAUCAUGCUGCCCGAGCACGUCAAGCUCAUCUUGCUCAGUGCCACCAUCCCCAACGCCCUCGAGUUCGCCCAGUGGGUCGGCCGCACCAAGCGCCGGCGCCUGCGGGUGAUCAGCACGCGGCAGCGCCCGGUGCCGCUGGAGCAUUUUCUCUACACCGGGAACAGCCCCCGCACCCGCCACCAGCUCUUCCUCCUCCUCGACGCCCGCGGCAACUUCAGCACCCAGGGGUACUACGCGGCCGUGGAGGCCAAGAAGGAACGAACCAGCAAACACGCGCAGACCUUCGGAGCCAAGCAGCCCACCAUGGGGGGCACCGGCCCCGGGCAGGACCGGGGGGUCUGGCUGGCGUUGCUGGGGCUGCUGCGGGAGCGGGAGCAGUUGCCGGUCGUUGCCUUCACCUUCUCCCGGAGCCGGUGCGACGAGCACGCCGACGCGCUGGGCUCCCUCGACCUGGUCUCCAGCGCCGAGAAGGGCCGGAUCCGGCUCUUCUUCCAGCGCUGCAUCGCCCGCCUGCGCGGCUCCGACCGCCGGCUGCCGCAGGUGCUGCGCCUGGCGGAGCUGCUGCAGCGCGGCAUCGGGGUGCACCACGGCGGGGUGCUGCCCCUGCUCAAGGAGGUGGUGGAGAUGCUCUUCAGCCAGGGGCUGGUCAAGGUGCUCUUCGCCACCGAGACCUUCGCCAUGGGGGUGAACAUGCCGGCCCGCACCGUUGUCUUUGACUCCAUCCGCAAACACGACGGCAACAAUUUCCGUGAUCUCCUGCCCGGGGAGUACGUGCAGAUGUCGGGGCGCGCGGGGCGGCGGGGGUUGGAUUCCACCGGCACCGUCAUCAUCCUCUGCAAGGGGCCCGUGCCCGAGAUGGCCGACCUGCACCGCGUGAUGCUGGGCCGCCCCACGCGCCUGCAGUCCCAGUUCCGCCUGACCUACUCCAUGAUCCUCAACCUGCUGCGGGCGCAGGCGCUGCGCGUCGAGGACAUGAUGCGGCGAAGCUUCUCCGAGUUCCCCCUGCGGCGCGACGCCCCGGUACGGGGACGCGGUGGGGGGACGCGGGGGC